AUGGCAGUUAUCAAGAAGAAAAGAUCACAGCCUGCCAAAUCUUCCACAAAUAAGAAACUGAAUAGACAACUUUCUUCAAAUUCAAAAAAAAAUACACCUACUCCUUCUUCCACUCCACUCCAAAACUUACCAAAAGUCAUCAAACCAACCCCUAUCACUCUUCUGAAUAGAUUAGAUCCAGAGUUACCACAUAACGUUACGCAUGAUGAAAGUGAUACCACUUCUUUCAGGUUAUCUUUGCUAAGAACCACGCCUUUAUAUGCAAAUAUAUUAACGAAUGUCGUGUUGAAUUGUAAUAUCCCCGUAUCUAUUAAAAAUAGAAAAAUAUUCAACGAAUUAAUAGGAAAUUGGAAGACUCAAUUAAUUGAGAAUGAAAAAAUAAUUGAGAAAUUAACAGAUGAUUUGAAUCAAUUAGAUAAUGCCAACUCUUUAGAAGAACAAAUGUAUGACGAAUUUAAAGAUAUUAAUUCUAUUGAAGAUUAUUUGGAUUAUAAUAGAACCAAAAGAUCAAACCCUUUGAUAUAUUAUCAACAAGAUGAUGUUGUUUUCCAUGAUAAAGACGCUUUUAAACAUUUAAAUAAUAAUUUGGAUAAAGCACCUGAUGAUUAUUGGAUAAAAAGAAAAGAAUUGAAAUUAAAACAAAAGAGAGAAGCAUUAGAAAGAAAGAAAAAAGAAGAACAAUUGGCCAAAGAGAAAGCUGAAUUAGAAGCAAAAGAAAAAUUAGAAGCUGAAUUGAAAGCAAAGGAAUUGGCUGAAGCAAAGGAAAAAGAAGAGCGUGAAUUGAAAGAAAGACAAGAAAGAGAGGAAAAGGAAAGACUUGAAUUGGAACAAAAGGAAAAGGAAGCUCAACAGCAGCAACAGCAACAGCAACAGCAACCACAAGACGAAUCAAUGGUUGAUGAUAGCAAUAAUCCAAACGAGUCAUUGCCAUCAGUAGACGAUCAACCAAGGUUUAUGUUUGAUGACUUGAAUAAUGAUGAACCAUUCAAUGAUGAUUUCGGUAACGGAUUUGAUGAUCUUGAUACAGCUUUCUUCUAA